UUACGGAUCUACAACCACACCGAUAUUUACUUUCUAUUCCGUUAUCAUACUCAUCUGGAAAUCCCUUUACAGAUACAUCAUUUUACUGUAACUAGCUAGCUAAAUAAUCGGGAAAGAUUAUCCUAACAAAUUGAUAAACCACUCAGAAGCCCAUUGAGCCCUGCUGGAGCAUCACUCCGGGGACCCUGGGAAUCUGUGGAGCUGCCAGUUGAUCCGCUGCGUUUGAGGAUAGUGGGAGGACCGGACAGACGGAGCAGGAUCAGGAGAUUUAGUCGCUCAGACAGUCUGACAGUUUUCUGCUGUGUGAUUUAGUUAAAGGGACCAACCAGCACCCCAGGAUAUGCCCCCGGUUGGGUCACUGAGCCGUACUGAUGUGGUGUGCGAGCCAUGGUGACUCUGUCCCACAAGAAGCCUUUCAGUGAGGAAGACUGCGAAGAGGACAGACAAUAGACCAGAGGAACGACGCUGAAGAGAGCAGGACGAACAGCAGCAGACGAGCCACUCCAGAAUGCCUGUAGAGACCCUCCGGCCCUCAGACGGGCGUCUGGCGGGGGUCCCCUUCACCUCAGCCAUGCCUUUCCGUAUCCUCAACAAGGGACCCGACUACUUCCGGCGGCCCGCGGAGCCUGGAGCCCGUAAGCUGAGCGCGGUGGAGCGUCUGGAGGCGGACAAGGCCAAGUAUGUGAAGAGCCAGCAGGUGGUGCUCACCAGGCAGGAGCCUGUCAAACCACCCAUCAUCCGCAAGCCUCUGCUGUCCCCGGGCAUGAUGCUGCAGUGUCGGAUCAACGCCCCCCCGGCCCGCAAGGCUCCCCGGCGGCCUGCCGACUCAGAGAACGGAGGAGGGACAGGAGGGAUAGGGUGGCGGAGGGGACCACCUCUUAACCUGGAGAUCCUCAACAACCUCAUCAACAAUGUGUGUGAUGGACCCCUUCUCUGCUCCCCAUCUUCCGUCCCCACCUCGCCCUACACCUCCUCUCCUUCAUCUGGGGGGAACAGCAUGGAGAAUGGUCUCUCAGCUGACCGGGAGAGGAGCAAUCGAGUCCUGAGCAACCUUAAACCUGUUAAUAACUGCAACACCUCCUCCUUCACCAUCUCCUCUUCUUCCACCUCCUCUCCCCUCAACAACAACAACAACAGCCAGACCUGCCCUGCCGAGCCCAGCCACCGGCCGCCCCCUGUCCCAGCACGGGGCAUCAGGGUGGGGGUGCCAGCGCCCUACAGCUCUCCUAACUCCGUGACAGUGCGCAGAGUGGAUGUGAGGCCCCAGGCUGAGCCGAGGAAGCCCCAGAGGACCCAGUUUCAGCCUCAGAUCAAGCCCAGACAAACUUCCCAGCCCCAGGUGGCUCAGCUCCAGGCCCCAUCACCACCACCCUCACAGCAGGCCAAGCCCCAGCCUCUCACCCCCACCCAGGCUUUGUCCUCUCCCCCAACCUGCCUGCCUCCCAGCCCCAUGCUGAUCCGGGCCGGCGUGAUGCCCCCAGCCUCCCCUGCUUUCACCCGCCUGUCCUCAGCCAGCUCCAGGGGGUCUCGGCCCAGCUCGGCCCGGAAACACCCCUCCCUACACCGCUCCAAGUCUGACCUGAGCGACCGGUACUCACGAGCCACAGCCGACCUGGAGCGCUUCUUCAACUACUGUGGGCUGCACCCAGAGGAGGUAGAGGGCAUGGGGGGAGUGGAGCGCUUCGCCAGGGCCAGCUCAGACAUUGUGUCUGUGUCCAAGCUGCGCAGCGCCAGCACCCCCAGCUCUGAGUGUGAGCAGGCGCGGGAACAAGGGGAGGUGGAGGGCGAGGAGGGUCCUGCCCGACCCGGGGAGCGUGUCCCCUACGGAAUCUCAAUCAUCGAGAGGAAUGCUCGUGUCAUCAAGUGGCUGUACGGGAUCCGGCAGGCGCGGGACGCUGUGUCCAACGUUUAGAGGAAAGAGACAGGAGCGGGAGGCUCUGGAAUGAUACCCAGGCCUAGAGGAAAGAGACAGGAGGGGGAGGCUCUGGAAUGAUACCCAGGCCUAGAGGAAAGAGACAGGAGGGGGAGGCUCUGGAAUGAUACCCAGGCCUAGAGGAAAGAGACAGGAGGGGGAGGCUCUGGAAUGAUACCCAGGCCUAGAGGAAAGAGACAGGAGGGGGAGGCUCUGGAAUGAUACCCAGGCCUAGAGGAAAGAGACAGGAGGGGGAGGCUCUGGAAUGAUACCCAGGCCUAGAGGAAAGAGACAGGAGGGGGAGGCUCUGGAAUGAUACCCAGGACUAGAGGAAAGAGACAGGAGGGGGAGGCUCUGGAAUGAUACCCAGGCCUAGAGGAAAGAGACAGGAGGGGGAGGCUCUGGAAUGAUACCCAGGCCUAGAGGAAAGAGACAGGAGGGGGAGGCUCUGGAAUGAUACCCAGGCCUAGAGGAAAGAGACAGGAGGGGGAGGCUCUGGAAUGAUACCCAGGCCUAGAGGAAAGAGACAGGAGGGGGAGGCUCUGGAAUGAUACCCAGGCCUAGAGGAAAGAGACAGGAGGGGGAGGCUCUGGAAUGAUACCCAGGCCUAGAGGAAAGAGACAGGAGGGGGAGGCUCUGGAAUGAUACCCAGGCCUAGAGGAAAGAGACAGGAGGGGGAGGCUCUGGAAUGAUACCCAGGCCUAGAGGAAAGAGACAGGAGGGGGAGGCCCUGGAAUGAUACCCAGGCCUAGAGGAAAGAGACGGGAGGGGGAGGCUCUGGAAUGAUACCCAGGACUAACACAGGUUGUUUUUUAUUUAUUGAUAAAUCCCACAGACCAUUGAGGGGUACAUAUUUUCCAGGAGGACAUUGUCAUUCUGUAUUGUGUUGCCUUACGGCAUGUAUAGUAUAAUUUCUUCGAAGAGAUGAAGGACCAGAAAUCACACUCCUCUCUAAACAAACAUUCAAAGCAAUAAUGGCAGUGGUAGAAAUGACUGAAUGCUGAGGAUGAUGGUGAUGUUGACCAGAUGCUGUGGUUCCUGCUGUCACUGUCUGUCUGAAAUACAGGUACUUCGGAGGCUGUGUUUAGAGUCCAGGGCCCUGUUCUGUCUGCACCGGGGUCCAGGCCCCGUUCUCUCUGCACAGGAGUCCAGGGCCCUGUUCUGUCUGCACAGGGGUCCAGGGCCCUGUUCUGUCUGCACAGGGAUCCAGGGCCCUGUUCUGUCUGCACAGGGGUCCAGGGCCCCGUUCUCUCUGCACAGGAGUCCAGGGCCCUGUUCUGUCUGCACAGGGGUCCAGGGCCCUGUUCUGUCUGCACAGGGGUCCAGGGCCCUGUUCUGUCUGCACAGGGGUCCAGGGCCCUGUUCUGUCUGCACAGGGGUCCAGGGCCCUGUUCUGUCUGCACAGGGGUCCAGGGCCUUGUUCUGUCUGCACAGGGGUCCAGGGCCCUGUUCUGUCUGCACAGGGAUCCAGGGCCCUGUUCUGUCUGCACAGGGGUCCAGGGCCCUGUUCUGUCUGCACAGGGGUCCAGGGCCCUGUUCUGUCUGCACAGGGGUCCAGGGCCCUGUUCUGUCUGCACAGGGGUCCAGGGCCCUGUUCUGUCUGCACAGGGGUCCAGGGCCCUGUUCUGUCUGCACAGGGGUCCAGGGCCCUGUUCUCUCUGCACAGGGGUCCAGGCCCUGUUCUGAAUUUACAGAAUCUAAUGAUGCAAGAAAAGGUUCUGGGUGUUUCACAGCUCUCACACAUUCAGGUGUGUGUGUGUGUGUGUGUGUGUGUGUGUGUGUGUGUGUGUGUGUGUGUGUGUGUGUGUGUGUGUGUGUGUGUGUGUGUGUGUGUGUGUGUGUGUGUGUGUGUGUGUGUGUGUGUGUGUGUGUGGGACUUCAUUGAUACUGUGAAACAUGAAAGCUUCUGUAAAAGAACCUGUUUUUCUUUCUUGUAACCUUGUCUGUAAAACUGUUCAUUAAUACCGUUGCUGUCAAGCACACAAGUCAAAGUUAAUAUGUGUCCUCAUCUCAACAAAGCACAAUCACCUCACGACUCACCGUUGAAACAGACGUGUUCAGGUCAGUGAUAGAGUAUCGUCUAUAGCUGAGUACUCUGUCGGCGUUUUCUGCACCGCAAUUGAACACUGUCUCUAAUCAAACAUGGCUGCAUUGGUUCAGUUAGUUUAUUCAGUGAACAAGGUAUAUGUCUGGGCACGGAUGACAAAGAUAGUCUUGUGAUGAGUGGAGGGUUGAGGUAAGUGUAGGUUGGAUGAGUAGGUUGCUGUCUGGGGUUGGAGGAGAGACACGCGGCUCAAUGGAAGAGGGAUCAGGACGGUCUAGUGAGACAGGUCGAUACAGGAAAGAGUGUGAGACAGGGUUGAUACAGGAAAGAGUGUGAGACAGAUUGAUACAGGAAAGAGUGUGAGACAGAUUGAUACAGGAAAGAGUGUGAGACAGAUUGAUACAGGAAAGAGUGUGAGACGGAUUGAUACAGGAAAGAGUGUGAGACGGAUUGAUACAGGAAAGAGUGUGAGACAGGGUCGAUACAGGAAAGAGUGUGAGACGGAUUGAUACAGGAAAGAGUGUGAGACAGAUUGAUACAGGAAAGAGUGUGAGACAGGUUGAUACAGGAAAGAGUGGAUUAUCUCAAAAGGAAACCGUGUACACGACAUAGUCUACUGAAAUGGACCAAUAUUUAUUUUUACAAUGUCAUUUGAAGUUACAAACUAUUGUAAUAUUCAACAACCAGUGUAUAGCGUUAAAAAUGUUUACAAAAGUACAAUCUGAUCGUAUCUAUGUGACCAUGCACAUACACACAGACACACUAUACACACACACACACACACACACACACACACACACACACACACACACACACACACACACACACACACACACACACACACACACACACACACACACACACACACACACACACACACACACACACA